GAACCCAUCCUGAAUAUCGACCUCGCACCCACCUUCUUGGACAUUGCAGGAGUCAACGCUUCUCAGACCAGCAUGGAUGGGGUUUCCUUCCUGCCCCUCUUGGUGAACAAGGUGCAGAAAUCUGCAUGGCGGUCAGAUUUCCUGGUGCAAUAUACUGGAGAAGGCUACAUAACCACGGACCCCCAGUGUCCGAAAUUGGGGUCAGGAGUGUCCCAUUGUUUCCCUGACUGCGUGUGUGAAGAUGCCUACAACAACACAUAUGCCUGCGUGCGCACUCUGAGGCCUACGAACAUGCAAUACUGUGAAUUUGCCGAUAAAGAGAAUUUUGUGGAAGUCUACAACCUGACGGCAGACCCACACCAGCUCUCCAAUGUAGCCAAGAGCGUUGACCCUUCGCUGCUCGUGCAGAUGAACCAGAAGCUCAUAAAAUUGCAAGCUUGUUCUGGUGUCGGCUGCCGUUCCUGAGUCCUUUGGCUAGGACCAAAGACCGAAGACACCCUCUCCUUUUCCUCAUGAUUUCCUGGCAGUGGCUUCCUCCUGUCUCCAAACAGAAUCCAAUCUGGGUGCUGCCUUUUAAUUUAGGAUGCUCAAUCUUUAAUCCCAAAUUUGGAGUUUUCUGUGUUGGAAUAGGGUUGGGGUAGAGCAGAAGGGAAAAUGCGGGUGAGGAGCCAAGCCUCUUACCCCAGGGUGUCCAACCUUGGCAACUUUGAGACUGGUGGACUUCAACUACCAGAAUUCUGGGGGAUUCUGGGAAUUGAAGUCCAAAAGUCUAAAAGGUUACACACCCCGGUGGUAACAACUCUAAAAGACACCCUGUGGAAUUUCUAGUGCCUUAUAUCUCCCUUCAUUGCUCAUCUUGUCUUCUUUUGGCCAGGCAGUGGUCACUGAGGUCUCACUUUAGAGUAAAGAAUAUCUCUGGCCCCAUCAGUGGUGACCUUCUCAGUCUAGAAUGUUCCAAAUGGUCUUGAACUACAGCAUCCUGCAGCAACUAUCACCUUUGGGACUACAUAUCCCACCUUGCAUCUCUCCAUUUAGGGGAAGGACGGAGAGGAUUCUUUCCGUUUGGUCAUUGAUUAACACAGAAUGAAGCUGGGGUGACCUCCAUGGUCAUCUCCUUCCUUUCUUGGGCUGGCUGAGGUCUUGGAGACUCUGCAUAUUCCUGUAGAAAUCAUUGUGCCUGGUUUGACUUCUCUUACCAGGUCCUUUUGUGUAGUCCAUGGUUGUUACUGCAGUUGCUAUCUUCAUACUGUGAAAAAAAAAUGGAAUAAAGCACUUUUUAAAAAUGA